AUGGAGGUGAACCAAACAACAAUAACACAAUUCCUUCUUUUGGGAUUUCAGUACGACAAUAACCUAAAACCUUAUCUGUUUCUCAUCUUUCUGGUGGCAUUCACUUUGACAAUAUUUGGAAACCUGAUUAUCAUUAUGUUGGUGGUGAGAUCCGAAGCUUUGAAAUCUCCUAUGUACUUUUUCCUCAGUCACCUGUCCUUCUCUGACAUUUUGCUGUCAUCAACUAUCACUCCAAAAAUGCUGGACAUUGUGAAAAAUGAAGGAGGUUUCAUAAAUGUUUCUGACUGCAUUGCUCAACUUUUCUUCUAUAGUGGCACUACGACAGCUGAGUGCCUCCUUCUCACAGUGAUGUCCUAUGAUCGAUAUCUGGCUAUCUGCAAACCUUUACACUACCACUCCAUCAUGAACUUCAAACUUCAACUACUUCUAGCCAUCUGGCCCUGGGUCAUAGGUUUUUUGGUAGCAUUAUUAUUAAUUAUGUUUGUGUGUAAUUAUAAAUUCUGUGGUCCUUAUAUCAUGGACCAUUAUUUAUGUGACCUGGCUCCGAUUCUAGAGUUGACCUGUUCUGAUCAUUCUGUGUUGGACAUUGUUGACUUUGUCUUAACUAUCCCUUUUAUAAUUUUUCCAUUAUUUUUUAUAAUGUUCACAUAUGUCUCCAUUUUUCUCAACAUCCUUAAGAUUUCCUCGUCUGUUGGCAGAAAAAAGGCCUUCUCAACCUGCAGUUCCCAUUUAAUUGUGGUAAGCAUGUACUAUGGUACUUUGAUGAAUGUCUAUAUGAUUCCCUCCAAAAUUUCCUCCUACAACAUUAAAAAGCUGGUGGCUCCAUUGUACACCACAGGAACUCCUUUAUUAAAUCCGAUAAUUUAUAGUUUGAGGAACCAAGAAAUACAAUUUGCAUUGAACAAAUGCAUCUUUAUUUAUACAAAAAGACAUGGUUUAGCUUUUUAA